UGACAGCUCGGAGUUCACUGAGCAGGAGGAACCAGGAGGGACCAGGAGGAACCAGGAGGGACCAGGAGGACUCUGAAGCCGCUUCUCUCAGCGCAUGUCUGCAGCCUGAACUCUCACCUGAAGACCCGACUCUGCGCAAACUGGAUUCCCGGAGCUCGUCGCCAUGUCCGCCCGGGUUUAGAUUCUCCAUGGAGCUGUCUAACUUGUACGAGGUCGCGCCCCGGCCCCCGAUGAGCAGCCUGAACCACGGCCAGCAGCAGCAGCCACCCUCCGGCUACAGAGACCCGGCUGACCUCGGCGGAGAGAUCGGAGACAGCGAGACGUCCAUCGACCUGAGCGCCUACAUCGACCCGUCUGCUUUCAACGACGACUUCCUGGCCGACCUGUUCCACCACAGCUCCCGGCAGGACAAGCUCAAGAUGAUGAACGGGGAGUACGACUCGGUGCCGUGCGGCCCCGGACCCCAGCAGCUCUACAUGUCCAACUACAUGGAGUCCAAGCUGGAGCCGCUCUACGAGCACAACCCGCCGCGCAUCCGGCCGGUGGCCAUCAAGCAGGAGCCCCGGGACGAGGAGGACAUGAACCCGGGAAUGCCCCCCACCUACCACCACCCGCACCCGCAUUCCCAGCAGUACUCCCAGCAUUCCCAGCAGCAUUCUCAGCAGCAGCAGCAGCAGCAGCAGCAGCAGAUGCCGCACCUCCAGUACCAGAUUGCGCACUGCGCGCAGACCACCAUGCACCUCCAGCCGGGACACCCGACCCCUCCGCCGACCCCGGUGCCCAGCCCGCACCAGCACCACCACCAGCACCAACACCCGCACCAGCACCCGCAGCAGGGCGGCCUGAAGCUCCUGGAGCAGCAACGGGGCGGAGGAGGAGGAGGGAAAUCCAAGAAGCACGUCGACAAGAGCAGCCCGGAGUACCGGCUGAGGCGCGAGCGCAACAAUGUGGCCGUGCGCAAGAGCAGAGACAAGGCCAAGAUGCGCAACAUGGAGACGCAGCAGAAGGUGGUGGAGCUGACCACCGACAACGAGAGGCUGCGGAGGAGGGUGGAGCACCUGACCCGAGAGCUGGACACGUUACGGGGCAUCUUCAGACAGCUGCCGGACGGGUCGUUCAAGCCCAUGGGCAGCUGAGAGACUACUGAUCCAGACCGGGUCGGACCGGACAUGCUGGAUUUAUUCACCCGGACAGAGGCAGCUGAGCGGGUCACUGCAAAACCACCUGGCUUCUAACUCUCACUCUCUCUAAAAACUUGUCUCAAACCAAAGUGCAGAAAACGUUUCAUUUGUUAGAAAAUAAACUUGAAGCCACUUUGGUUUUUUAUUGUUUCAGGACUUUUCUGCAGAACUGGAAGCAGGUGAAUUCAUCUCUGACUGGACCUCCAGGACUCAGUCACUCUGUAGUUUUCAUGUGUUCAUGUGCCUUUUUAAACUUUGUGCAAAAGCCGAUAAGCUCGUUCCCUGCAGAUCUCCGACUGAAGGUCGUCUUGGUGCCUUAUUCUGGAACAGACUGAGUGUCCCAGCACUCAGCUCACAUCAGUGCAGCUAAGGAAGGCACGGUGGCGAUGAAAAGCUCUGCUCCUGUUUCCUUCAUUCUUUUGUUGUUUUGUACAAGUUACGCCUCUGGAUGAACUCGUUCUGUGAGAUGUGUAAACUGCUUCCUGCAUGUGUCUGUCUGUGAGCAGCUCUUUAGAAACUCACCUCCAUCCCUGACAGAAACAAAAAACAAAGUCAUUCACCUUUAAUUAGUCGAUGCUGUCAGCUGCAGCCCACGCGUCUCCACGUUUAAAAACGUAGAAAAUAUCACUUUCAAUCAUGAAUUAAAAGCAGAAAAGCUCCUGGUGGAGACUCCUGACUUGAGGCCAAAGUAAAACCCAAAGUAAAGACUCGGACUCGGACUCUGACGGGAGUUGAACCUGUGGUACUGCUGCAGAGAGCUGGAUCUGCAGCAGCUCUUUAUGCACUAUUAGUCGAACACAUGAUGGGUACUGAUCAGAAAACAAAGAGAAAUGUGAACAGGGUUCCUAUGCAACGUGUCUCUUCCUCUCCGCUGCUCAUAGUGCCUUCUGAUCCUCUGAGAUGACCUCUGACCUCCGGCUGAUGGCUUGAGACACAUCUCAGAGGCGUGAGUCAGCGAGGAAGGAGGAAGCACUUUGUUGUCGUUGUUGUUGUUGUUGUUUUUUACCAGCGGACAUUAAACCAUGUGUGAUUGAAACGUACGUCUCAAUUGUAAAAUACACGUAUAUAUAAAUAUAUAUAUGAAUAAAUAUAUAUGAUACCAAAAAUCUGAAGUAGUAUAAUAAAAAGAACUCUUUUAUCCAA